UCAUAUAUUUUAUGCCUUAUUUUUUUAGUCAACGCUUAAAUCGUUGGAUAUCCAAAAUGAAAGACUCUUCAACCACGAGGCUAAUACCAAUCGCACGGAUCGAGAUGGAGUGAGAACCUUCAUCUCACAGCUUUACGGUCCAGAGCAUUAUCACCACCCUUGGCUUCGAACCAUCCAGAAGUGCCAAAACCUACAAACAUUGUCAUUAUGGUAUUCCACCAAAGUCCCCGAGAAUGAACGCAAUGGUUAUCGCUUCGACCACAUUCCCCGCGAGACCCGAGAACCAAGUCCGUGCGCCAUCCACAGUUGGAAGGAAGUACUCAAACACUUGCCAAGACUCAAAUUUCUGUAUUUGGGGGGCAAUUGCGUGACCAAUUGCCUGGAAGAAUUACUGGGGAAUGUUCCUUUCUCUUUGACCUCUUUAAAUGUGGAGGGAUCCCGAUUGGCGGCCAAGGACUAUGAGUUUUUAGCCAAUUCUAAACACGCUCAAACUAUCACUGAUAUCUCGCUUGGAGACUUUGAUCUUGGCACCAAGUUUGAUAGCAUCAUGUUAGUCCUGAAAAGCUUGGAGAAGAUUGAAUCUUUGGAUCUCUGUAUGGAUGGUUAUGAGCGAUAUAUCGAUGAUCAUUGCAUCACGGAUUCAUUGAUGAACAAGAUAGUGAGCUUUCUCCACGAUUUUCACUUGCGGUCUCUGAAGUUUGUCAGCUUUGCGGGACACAACAUCUCGGAAAACGCUCUCGUGUCCAUUGCGAGAAUAUUGGUUCGCUUCCCCGAACUCACGGACUUUAUACUUCCUGUGGAAGGAUUCAGUGCCGCUGCUCAAGACUGGUUCGAUACGAAUGUGAAACUGCCAUUUGCGGGCGGAAGUUACCCGCAAGAGAGUCUGGACGAAAAGAGUCCGGAUGAACUAAGACGUGUUGUCAAAUCGAUUGAACGGGAGAUCCGUUCCGUAGGGAGACCGUUGUGGAGAUAUGCGCACAAAAACAUACGAGAUGGCAUUCGUAUCACGUUAUAGGCCGACACGAAGCCAGAUCAACUGAAGUACAAUGUUAGCUUAUUUUUUUUAUGUAAGAAUAGAACACGAUUUAUGCAAAGUUU